CCAUCCUGUCCUUGUCUGCUUCCUUUGCUUUCAUUUUCGAAUUAUCAAAUAGAAAAUGGCGCCGGUUAAAGUAAUCCACACAUCUGGUCGUGUUUAAAUUUUGCAAGUUGAUCGCCUUUCAACCUAAACCCAUCCAUCGCAACCUUUGUAAAGGUUUUUUGAAGAGCAGUCUGCGAAGAGGCGCAUUUGAAUCGGAUGGGGAAAUUUUUGCAGACGAGAUCGCGAAAUAAGAAAUGUAAAUGGAUUUUACAUUUUAGUAGCGCGACAAGUGAUUGGUGUGAGUGCGAAUGAAAUUUAGUUUCGGUGCUGUAUUUGAUGUUUAAUAGUGAGUGCAGCUUUUCUCGCUAUAGAUUAAUGCUGGAAGAAAUACUCAGCAGCGCAGCGGAAAAAAAUAAAGGGAUCCCGUUAUCAGUAAAAAGAAAUAGUGCUCGACCUGGGAGUGGAAAUCGCCUUAUUCUAGGUGCUUUGACUGAGAAAGGAAAUUAGUGAGUAGCAGGAUCUUAUUGAUUAAGUCGUAGUGGAACUCUCUCAGGACGCUUGUUUCGCACCAAAUAUAUAAUUCACAAUCGUCGAAAAAUAAACAGAAAUCAUGAAGCUGCCCUUUCCUAUGCCUCGAGUUGGAUCUGGAGUAACACUUUUUUCAAAACUUGUCCGGACGAAAGACUUAAGAACACUUCAAGGAGACGAUCCACGAAGUGCAAAACCUAAGCUCACGAAAUGUUUAACGACUUUGGAUUUAACAUCUCUUGGUAUUGGAUCUUGCUGUGGCACUGGGAUGUAUCUAGUUGCCGGUAUGGUGGCGAAAAAUAUUGCCGGGCCGGGAGUAGUUUUCAGCUUUUUUAUAGCUGCUGUUGCAAGUAUAUUCUCAGGUGCAUGUUAUGCUGAAUUCGGAGUCCGGGUACCGCAUACAUCUGGCUCGGCAUAUAUGUAUUCAUAUGUAACUGUUGGAGAGUUCGUUGCAUUCGUAAUAGGAUGGAACAUGAUUCUUGAGUAUUUGAUAGGAACAAGUGCGUGCGCUUGUGCAUUGAGCGCUAGUUUUGAUUCAUUAUCUGGGGGAGCUAUAGGACGCAGUAUCGAGGCAUCAGUUGGCACAAUAUUUGGUCGUCCACCUGAUUUCAUUGCUUUCUCUAUAACAUUGCUGAUGACUUUUGUAUUGGCCUUGGGGGCUAGUAAGUCAGUUCUUUUCAACAAUACCUUGAACACUGUGAAUUUGGCAUCGUGGGUUUUUAUAAUGAGUGCCGGUCUUUUUUAUGUGGAUACGACUACAUGGACUGAGCAUCAAGGAUUCUUACCGUACGGCUGGAGUGGAGUUUUUACAGGGGCCGCUACCUGCUUUUACGCAUUCAUUGGUUUUGACAUAAUCGCAACCACGGGUGAAGAAGCUCACAGCCCUCAGAAAAGUAUUCCGAAAGCUAUAGUUGGUUCGCUUAUUAUAGUUUUGAUUGCAUAUGUUUCAAGCAGUUUCAUAUUAACAUUGAUAGUUCCAUACGAUCACGUUGACAGUGGAUCGGCACUUGUUCAAAUGUGGACGUACGUAGGGGCUCCGAAAUGUCGAGCAGUUGUCGCAAUAGGAGCUACGGCGGGACUAUCAGUGGCAAUGUUUGGUUCAAUGUUCCCGAUGCCUCGAGUAAUAUAUGCUAUGGCAAAUGAUGGAUUAGUAUUUAGACAGCUUUCUCAUUUGUGGGGGAGAACAAAUGCACCUGGACUUGCUACGAUUGGGAGUGGAUUGGCGGCUGCGCUUGUUGCCUUAACCGUUCGACUUGAAAUUCUCGUAGAAAUGAUGUCUAUCGGGACUCUACUGGCUUAUACAUUAGUGUCGACUUGUGUCCUUGUAUUACGAUAUCAGCCUCAUAGUACCUCAUUAGUGGAUUUAUUGCCAGUGCAGUUGAGAACGCCGCAACCACCAAGCACCCCGGAUCCAUCAGCUAUAACUACUGAAGUGUUGACAAAGAACAAUUUCACUGUGAAACGUGUAACGCGAGGCUCUCCAGACUCGGAUGAUUCCUUCAUUGAUGAUAGUCCCGAGGGGUAUUUAGGUCGGGAUGAUCAAUUUCUUGUAUCAGACCGCUCAGAAAAUAAAUUCUAUGGGAGUGUUCACGGCGCACCGACAGGACCUACAGGAAGUGCCACAGCAUUUGACACAAUCGGGCUAAGCCUGAUUGGUCGGAAAUUUCAAGAAUAUGCAUAUCUAUGCCCGGGUUUAUUCCCAUGGGUAAAUCCCGGACCAGCAACAAAUGAGAGUGGGAUGUACGUAACCAAGUUAGUAGGCAUCUUGUACAUAUUCGUUUUCUUUUUGGAUCUAUUCGCUGCUGUUGGGUGGACCGGUUCAUUUGCUGGAUUUGUAUUUUCAUGUUUAGUGAUAGGUAUAAUUGUGAUAUUACUAAUAAUAUCGCGCCAGCCGCAAAACAGAUAUGCACUGGCGUUCUUGACACCAGGUCUACCAUUUAUUCCGGCAAUAGCAAUUACUGUUAACUUAUAUUUGAUCUUUAAAUUAAGCAUUUUAACUUUAGUAAGAUUUACAAUAUGGAUGACGCUAGGACUUAUAAUGUAUUUUUAUUAUGGAAUAACACACAGCACUCUUGAGAAUCCAACGGAAGAAAUUGAGUUAACUAUUGAUGAAACGUAUGGAAAGCAACAAAUUAAAGAAAAUGAACAAACCGCCGUGUGGGAUCAACAUGGCUAUGAAAAUCGAAUGGCAGACGAAAGUUGGACUCAGCCAAAUCACUGUGCAAGUAAUUGGGAUUCUAUUGAUAUUAACAAAGCGUGGGGAGAUUUAUCGACUGCUGGAAAACCAAAUAAUAUGAUGCCGUCAAUUCGUCUUCAAAAGACUGCAAAUACACGGCAAACGCAACCAAAAGAGAAGGAUAAGCAUUCUAGCAAAGCAAGUAAUCAACUGCGGCAAGAGAAAGUGCAAUCUGAAGUGAAGAAAGAAGGAUUUAGUGUGUUUGUUGAUGAAUCACAAUUCCCGACAUGGGACGAUUAAGGACACUAAAUAAUACUCUUGAAGACUUCUCAAAUAACUUUCAUAAAAGCAAUCAUCAUUUAGUCGAAUAUAAUAGUCGAUUUCCGAUAGAGAAGAAUAGGACAUAUAAUCUCUCAUAUACAGAAAUAAGUCAUCCAAAUAUCAAAUUCCACUCUCGUUACCUUCUGGUCAUAUUGAAUAUAUGCAAUUUUGUUUUCCAAAAACAAAAUUAAUGUACGUCUAUCCUUAUCUUAUCUUCAGUGUAAAGUAAUCAUUGAUGAAAAAUUGUAUAUUUAGAUAGUUCCAUAAUUAAAUUUGUUUUAUCAUUGGGGGUAUGAAGAUUGUAAUGUUAGGGUAAACAUGAUAAGCAUUUAAUAUUCACUACCAGUA